GUGCUUCUUCGCCUCGGUGGCCUCCGCCCUGGCCUACCUGCUGGGCCUGGCCACGAUGAUCCUCUACACCUUCGUCCAGUACUUCGUGGACGCCAGCCGCCUGCGCACGGACACCCUCUAUGCGGGACGCGCGCUCCGCAGGGGCAAGGGCUGCCGCACCAUCACCUUCGAGCAGUUCCGGGAGGCGCUGGAGGAGCUGUCCCGCAAGAGGUUCAAGGACAAGAGCCCCGAGGAGGCCGUGCGCGCGGUGCACCGGCUGGUGGAGGGCAAGGCCCCCGUCAUCUCGGGGGUGACGAAAGCCGUCUCCUCGCCCACGGUGUCGCGGCUCACGGACACGACCCGCUUCACCGGCUCCCACAAGGAGCGCUUCGACCCGUCCGGCCGCGGCAGGGGCAGGGCCGGCCGCGUGGACCUGGUGGACGAGUCGGGGUACGUGCCCGGCUACAAGCACGCGGGCACCUACGACCAGAAGGUGCAGGGGGGCAAGUAGCGCCCCUCCCCCGCCACCCCCACUUCGUCACAUUCCUCUGCUCCCUGGACGGAACUCGGACCUCAGCGGCCGUGCUGAGGGGCAGCGCCUGCCCCCCCGCGUGACCCCUGGCCUCCCAGCACCCCCUCGACUCCCACACGGCCACCCGGUUAGAGGAGCGGGUGGGUGGUAGGGAAGAGGCCCCCCCACCAGCAGGCU